AUGGCGUCCAACGAGUAUUACGAUGUCCAGGAUUUCCUGGCUGAUGCCCAGGUCAGCACUCCCCUCUUGAAGUCCUCGUAGCGUGUCGUCAUGCGCGGCCGAUCUUCUCACGCCUGCCCUUACUCUUUUGCUGCUCGACCAGAAAGUAUCGUGUCGAUUCGAAUCCGACGUGUCCAACCUUGGCUACCUGGAAGGCUCCACCGACCAGGAUGUAAGCCAUGAUUCCUCUGUGGUGUCGACGAUGCCGCUCGCUGACGUGAGGAGCCGGGGCUUCACUGAGCUUCACUGUAGAUCAAAGCCGGGACAACUCUCGAGCUCCCAUUGUGGCUAGCCUUACCUAUCGAGUGGGUUUAUCUCGGAUGUGGAGCGGUCAGCUGAUUCUGGAAACCGAGCUAACGUUGCGAUGCCAUGGCUCGAACUCGUCUUCGCGCAGGGGCUUCGCCUCGAUCCUGCUUCCCUCGGCGUACGGCACAAGGACACGCAAUGCUCUGGCCGCUUCCGCCAACUCGGUCAACCUGAAGAACUUGGGAGGUGGAGGUGGGUCCUUCUAUGCCGUCGGUCACAAGAUUGGUUCCAUGUGCGUACCGGGUACAGUGCCGUCACGGGUUCGGCUAGCGUGUCACGUCGCGUCGCGCUGCGGUGCGCCGCGUCGUUUGCUAUCACGUCACGUGACCAUAGCUCGCGAGCCUGUGACACUGAUCUCGGCUUUGCUUCAACGUUUCCGUUCGGCACUAAACAGAAUCGAAGGGGAUGCGAUCCAAAAAGCACUCGAUGACUCGUUCAGAACUCGCGUUAAGGAGGUGAUGGAUCAGAGCCAACACACUUCGGCCGACUCGGGAGGUGAAGGCGCAGCGUACGAAUUUUGUCAAGGGCUCGAUGGAUGGGAGCGCCAAUGUGGGUCGCACCAUCGUCUUUAAAAGUUUGAUCAUCAGUCAGCUAAUCGUUGGACGAUACGCUUCCCGCGCACAGUGUUCCUUUUGGGAGAACAAUCCGCUAAGGAGAUGCGGGCUUGGUUCGAGGUCAAGGGCAUGAAGAGCUCAAGUGGGACUUCGAGAAGGUAG